GUUGGGGGUUUUGUUUGGGUUAAUUGUAUCUUCUCAUUGUGUAUCUUCAUUGUUCCGAUCCCUUUAAUUUCCACCUUCCACUGAUUUUGUAAAACCCCUCUUCUUCCCUUCCUAUAUCCAAUUACCAUAUGUAUGGUAAACUGUUCAAAAAUGCUUGAUCGCUAUUGCUUUUGAUUCCAAUUGGGAAUUUUGUGAGCAGACAGAUCAAAUUGAGGGUUUUGAAGAUAUAAUAAUAGAGACGAUGAAUGAAUCAGACAUUGAAUUGCCGAGAUCAGGCUUCCUAAUUAAAUUAAAUUAAAGUUCAUUUAAUUUGGGUUUAGGGCAAACCAAAGUUGAGAAAAGUGUUCUGAUGUUGCGGUGAAAUCGAGACUUGUGGAUGCUUUUAUUAUUAUUAUUUAAUUAAAAAAAAAAAAAAACUGAAAAACUGCAGUUUAUAUUAUGCCAUUCUGACGUGUCCAUAUGCCCUAUGCCCUAAGACCAAUUUUGUAUCAUUUAAAUUAUUGUUUAUGGGGACUAUAAAAAUCUCUUCUACGAAAUAGGGCAAAACAGUAAAUUCACCCAACUCAAUUGCUGUAAUGAACUCAUUUCAAAAUCCAAAUACCAUCUCUUUCAUGUAUUUCACCAACGGCCUAAUUGUAUUUUUUAGUAAAAUUUUCAUCUUCUACAGAGAGAGAGAGAGAGAGAGAUGAGGAAGAGGAAAGAGAAACCGGAAAUCUGUAAAACCAUGGCUGCAGUAGUACAGGAUGAGGAGAAGGAAGAUGAUGAUGAAGAAGAAGAGAGAGGAAACGGUGUGAAUGGCUUCUUUUCAUGCUAUCUCUUGGCCUCUGCUUGCCCUCGUUUCAAAGGCCAUACCUAUAUCGGAUUCACAGUGAAUCCGAAGCGCAGAAUCAGACAACACAAUGGUGAAAUUAGAUGCGGUGCUUGGCGUACUAAGAGGAAGAGACCUUGGGAGAUGGUCUUGUGCAUUUAUGGCUUCCCUACUAAUGUAUCUGCUCUUCAGUUUGAAUGGGCGUGGCAGCAUCCUAAUGAGUCAUUGGCUGUAAGAAGUGCUGCUGCAACUUUCAAGUCUCUCUCUGGAGUUGCUAACAAAGUUAAACUUGCAUAUACAAUGCUCACACUUCCUGCUUGGUGUGGUUUAAAUAUAACUGUAAACUACUUCUCAACAAAGUUCAUGAAGAAUGCGGCUGGUUGCCCAAGUUUGCCAGAGCAUAUGAAGGUCCAAGUUUCUCCCAUCAAUGAGCUUCCAUGCUAUUCCGAAGGAGAUCAAGGUGUGCUUGAAAAUGAAGAUGACUGGGAGUAUGAUAGAGAAAGUGAAGAAAUUUGUAGUUUUCGAGUAUAUGGAUCGAUGAAAGAAGUUUCAAAUGAAGUUCCUCAAAAGUUAAUGGAUUAUCAGACAGGUACAGAUGGAAGACCUCCUCCCGUAUUGCGUGGAUGUGAUAAGGAGCUUGAGACCAAUGAACAAGUGCCACCUUCUUCGUGUACUCCAUCUUAUGUUGAUGUGGGUAUGUCUUAUGACUUGUGUGCAUGUGAUGAAGGACUCGAGAAUGAUGAAAGAGAGGCAGCUUCGUGUGGUCAGUCUUGCACUGUAGCAGGUACAUCUAGGACUGAAAUUAUCAUUGAUGACGGAGAGGAAAACCAAUUCGAAGGGAGUGGUAUGAACUUGCAGGAGCAACCAGGUAGGAAGAAUUUAACAUCAGGAAUAGCUUCUGAAAUCAGCAAAGUUUCAAGGUGUAAUAAUGGCCUGGUUCCAACUGUUGAGUAUGAGGUUAUCGAUGUGUCUACCCCGUCUCCCGACUGCCGAACAAGUUCGCAUAGAUUCAAGAGAAGAGUUACUUCCGGUAAGUCUGAGAUGAUUGACUUGACUAAAUCUCCUACAUUUAUCCAAUUGUAAAAGGAUGGAUGGAUUUGGAUUAUUGUGCAUAUAAGAAGGUUGAAUUGGAAUGAGUUUUCAAGAGAAGUUUCAUUUUUGCAAUGAAGAAGUAGAAUUACUAUAGCAGAUAGCAUCUUCUCAACCCUUUCCGAGAUAACGUGGGCUCAAAUAUGGUUGACUAGACCAAAUAAGAGGGGAACAUGUCGUCAAGUUAUAUAUAACAAUUGUAAUAAUAGCCUUUAUUUCAAAGGCAUCAUUUUUAAGGGAAUCAAAGUGUGAAAAUAACAUUGAAUCGGUUGUGGGAUCAAUGUUGAACUAUGCAAAACUACACCAUUGUUAAAUAUCUAUGUAUACUAGUAUAUGGUAUUAUGGAUGGAGUGUAGAUGAGAGAAUUUUUAA